CAGGAAGACACUAGGAGAGAGAGAGAAUAACAGUGCAUCAGGGAUUGUGAAGAGUCUGAAUGCUUGGAAACUAAGAAGCCAGCUUUUGUGCUGCCUGAAGGUUGUAGAAAGGACCUGGAGCGAAGCGGGGUAGGCUAUCGUUGGUCCACAUUCGGGUUGCUGUCUAAAGGACUGAAUCAGAAGGAUGAUGGAAGAAAUAGAUGAAGAAGUUGUAGAGAACCCAACCUUGAGGGCUGCCUUCAGCCUAGCACCUCUGCACCAGGGCCAGCCAUUACAAUGGGACUAUGAGGCUCACUUAAUUGGGGAAAAAAUCUUGAACAAAAUGAUUCACCUGUGUGAGAUUUGUGAACUGCCUAUCCUAGUUUAUGGCCGCAUGCUACCCUGUAAACACAUUUUCUGCUUUGGUUGUGCUAGAAAAUCUGAGAAGGCUUGUAGAAGAUGUAAUGGUAAAGUUCAGAAGGUGGAAAAGUCUGCAUUGGGGACUGUUUUUGUCUGCACUCAUGGGGCACCCAAGCAUGACGUUCAUGGAUGUCGGAGAACCUACCUCUCUCACCGAGAUCUGCAGUCUCACAUCGCACACAGACACCAACCCAAGGCCCCCAGCACCAAGCAUGUGCCCUCGAAUCCAGUUGCCCAACAAGCACCUGUGCAGAUGCCCUUGACCCAACAACAGGCAGCACAGCAGGCCUCCCAGAAGCAGAUUCCAACUUCCGUUCAGUCCCACUUGCAAGCAUCCAAUAUGGCGGUGCAGAGUUUGAUUCCGGCAUCCGGUCUAGCCCUUACCCAUUCACAGUCCACAGGGCUACCAGUCAGCGGUCAGCAGAUGAGCCCCAUUCCACCUCUUAUCCCUGGCUUAGGCGACCUCCGCCCAUCCCCUGGGAUAUUGAGCCAAAACUCUCCUAUGGCACAAGCUACUCAAAGCCCAAAUACACUUCAACAAGGGCUUGCUCUGUCGUAUGGUACAGCUGCCCAGCCAAACCCAGAUAUCUAUAGAGCUUUAGAAAUGACAGCAUUGGGACAGCAACAGCCCCCAGCUCUUCAGCAAGGAAUCGGGAUGCACCUGGCUCUUCAAAACCUCCAGCAGUAUCCAAAGACGCCGCAGUUUCCUGCAUCCGCGCCCUUAAUACCCCAGCUAUCUCAAGGCAUGGUGGCCCCACUGCAUAAUAUGCCGCCACUGUCCCAUCAGCAUUCAGCUCUUCCUGUUCAGCAAAACUUGGAUACGUAUUCCAAGCCCCCCAACGUUCAAUCCCCUUCUUUGUCUGCACCACAGUCUCGUAAUUUAAUAACUGUACCCAUCCAAGAUGAAGGACAAUAUCGGCCCCUCCCUUACGUUCCCCCGAUGUCCAGUCAAUCAAACCAUCCUAGUUAUCAGCAAGGGAGACCAUUGACCUCUAACUCAUUUUCAAGUUCUAACAAUUAUAAUCUUAUAAAUACCCAAAAUAAUCUUAUAAAUACCCAAAAUCAAAGCAUUGGUCAUCCUUCGGCUUUAGGUGGGGCUCAGAAUAUGGGUCACAUGGGAGGAAGUCCAGCACAAAACAUUAGCCACUCUCAGAACUUGAGUGUCCAGUCACAGAACUUAGCCGCCCAAGUUUCUAAUCUUGUUGGUCUGACUCAGAACAUGGUUUCUCAUGCACAGACUCUGGGAGGUCAGGGUCAAAACAUUAGCGGUAACUCUCAGUUGCAGUACCCGCCAGUGUCCAACAAUGCCGGCUUGAUGAUCAAUCCAAGACCCAACAAUCCUCACUCCAGGCCAUUGAAUAGCACCCCAACAGUCAACCGAUUCCAGCAGCACCCCCACUGGCAGAAUCCUAGAGGGAUCCAACCUAGAAUGAGUCAAGGGCAGAACCGGCCUAGACCUGAUAAUCAGUUUAACCAUGGCAACUACUACAGUUAACUGUUUUGAUUUGACCUUCUAUCAGAUCUAUGCGUUAGUUUCGCGAACUGAUUAUUAAUGUACAGCUUUAAAAAGGUCUUGAUGUAUCCGCAUAUUUUUGUGACAUGUAGAAACUAAAAGACUUUAAUCUAUGAUGGUUAGAAUUAUAUAUUGCUUUCAGAUUUAUUAAUUUUCUUGGCAUUUUCUUGAAUUGAGCAAAACAAGUGUUUAAUUAAUGCUUUUCAACUUUUUUUUGUAACGCCCUUCAUAUUGUGCACAUCUUGAAUCACUGAUUCUUAUAAAUGUCACACAAGGUUUCAACAUGAAAUGCAUCAACUGAAACUUUGGGAGAUCCCUUUGUGUGUGUGUGUGUUUUUACCUCCAGAACUUGGCAUUUUGAAAUGUAAGACCAGAAGUAUAAAUAGUUCUAACUUUGGACUGAUCUAAUCAAAGUAUUUCUUUGUAUCUACAGAGUCAUAGAAAAUGUCAUUAUUAAUCUUAAAAAUGAAAGAUGUUCCUUAUAAAAAGAAGAAAAACAUGUUAGUUCUCGAUAGUUUGUCUUUCAAAGAGACAUUAUGGGGCCAGUAUUUCAAUAAUGACCUCUUCACAAGUAGGCACCUUUGGAGUUUGGAAGGAUUCUCUGCUGUUACUCCCCUGGGUGUGUUUCACUUCAAUUUAAUUCUGCUCUCCUGUUUCAGAAGACAAAAAAAAGUCAAUGUUGGCCAUGUGGAGAUAGUUUACAGUAAGCGUCAUCAUUCCUGUAGUUUGGAUGUGAGCUAAACAAGUGGCGUAAGUAGAGGAAAGGGGUCCAAAUUCGAAAGUCUCCCCAGUCCCCCAAAUGAAUGUGAUCAAAAAAUUUUUACAAUUAAAUAUUACGCCACUGCCAUGUAAUCUUGCUAUUCACUUGGAGUAAAAAAUACAGCAUUAAUCUAGAUGAUGUUAUAGAUGCCUUUGCUGCACAGGCAAUAUGAGUUGAGAUUUGUCACUUGUGAAACAUCUCGCAAAUAAACAACGGUAUUAUUCAUUUAAAAAGUCUUAAUGAUUAUUUUUUGUUAAUUGUACUUGUAUACCGGUACUGUACUAAUUGAAAUUUAGACAUAUAUUUAUUAAGUACAUUAUCUCAUGUCAUGAUGUCAAUAUGCAGGGGCCCCUAAAACUGGCAAGGCCCCCCCAGCCCCAAUUCCCUAGCUACGUCUCUGGGCUGAACUAUUAAUAGAUUGUUAUUCUCUCUUAUUCACUUCCACUCUUCCAGAUCAAGUGCUGACUUCUUUCUGCAAUCUCUCAUAAUUGUUUAGUUUGUCAGCAUUUUCCAAUAUUAUUAUUUGCCAGUGUGCAGGGACCCACUGAAGAGUUGUAGAAUUUUUUUUUUUUUUUAAAGGAUUGAAAGACCACUAUGACAUCUGUUAGAAUGAUUAUCUGUUUGGCGCAUGUGGGUAGUUUAUCUCUUUCUCUCUUUUAAUAUUUUCCACGUUCGAUGGGAAUAUUCAUUUGUGUUUCACUGCCCUGUUAUGAUUUAACUUUUUAGUAUGUAAUCAGGAAAUGUUAUAUAAGGUAAAGCAACACUUAAAAGAACAAACAUGAUCACUGUGGCAUUGGUUAACAUGCAUGACUAGAUGCAUGACGCAUAGGACGUAAUUAUCAUCUCUUUUUGAAGUAGCGUCUGUACUAUAUAAGAUAAGAGGCUUCAGUAAUUUUGUUUUUUCAAUUAAUAGGUUAAAUUUUUGUAUUUUUAACAUUUUUAGAAAGAAAAAUGGUUAUCAUUUAUUUGCUCAUGCGCUUACAGUUUGUACAGACUUAGCUCUAGAUUUAAUUGACCUUGUUUUAAAAAUGUUUUGUCUUGUACAUGAGUUGUGAUGAGUUC